AAAGGCAUGUAUAGACUAUAUAAAACUACCUACUUUCUUAUUCUAGGAUAUUCUAUUACCUAAAUUUUAGCCAUUAAGUUUUGUCGGAAUGUGAAACAACUGAUGAAAACCUGUAGAAUUUAUUUAGAAGCAUAAAGUAAUUUGAGAAUAUAUUUCAGUAUUCUUUCGACUGGAGCUUGCCGAUCAUUUUCAAAAUAAUGGCAACAAUUCAAGUCAUCGCCUUUCAAGUCGUAAUAGCACCAUGCGUUGUUGGUACUGAUUUGUUGUUCAUUAGUAUCGGUACUUGCAUAGUGUUUCAAUAUCGUCUCCUUCAACAGUGUUUACUGAAAUACUGUACCCCUGAAAUGAUUGUUAUCAACAAGAAAAUACAGAAUUUGGGAAACGAUACCUAUAAUAAUAAUGAAAGAAAGCAGUACUUUAUUACAUGUGUUAAACAUCACCAAAUGCUUCAAAGGACUACGAAUUUAAUGAACAAAAUUUUUAAUGUACUUAUGCUGUUCCAGUUGAGUAGUACUAUUGGUGGUAUUUGCUUGCCUCUAACAUUAAUCGCACAAACUGAUAAUUCCAUAAGUCAAUUAUACACUGCAUUGAUUGCGGUACUGUCACUAUUUAACCAAUUAUUGAUUUACUGUAUAACUGGCGAAAUGAUAAGUCAUGAGGCACAAUUGCUACACCAUUUCAUUUACCAAUCUAACUGGACAAACUUAAAAAUCAAGUAUCAAAGAGAUUUAAUAUUUUUCAUACAACACGCACAGAGAGUUCCACAAAUAAGUGCGUUUAACAUUUUUCAUUUUAAUAUGGAAACAUAUUUAAAGGUAUCAAGGAUGUCGUUUUCAUUAUACACAUUUUUAAAAACAGUCGCUUACAAAUAAUUCUAUUUAAGCGUUACCAGCAUUGGUAAUAGAAGAUUAAGAUUUUAUCUAAUUGUAGCUGAGCUCUUCGGUUGGCUCUAUACACGCAUUAAUUGCUUAAAUUAUAUUUGUACUUUUAUCACCUAAUUUCAAUAAACAUUAAUUGUUCAAUAAAAAUAAUAAAAGGUAUUUCCCGAUUCCUCACUUUAAACCCGU